AUAAUGAAAAUAUUUGUUAUAUCCACAACCAUCAGGGUUAAAUUGAUGAUUUUGGAUAUUUACAGAGCCUCAUCGGCUCUGUGAGAACACACAAACUGUCUGAUCAACUUUAAUCAACUCAAAAGGAAUGUCGGUGAACAAUAAUCAAUACACUGGGGAACUGCUGUGACGAAAAAUACACGGCAUACUUUAUUAAACGUUGUUUCCCUGUGCUCAGUUACUGUAGGUGUGUAUCUCUUGGGCGUCAGGUUCCCAGGUAAUAAAUUUAAAAUGUUAAUUUAUGACAGCACAAUAGAGAGGUUUAAAUUGAGACAGAGAGGAAGAACUCUUCUUCUCAGGACAGCGGGAUUCAGCACAGGAACAGGUGAUACGCCUGCCUUCAUAGGUAAGACACAUUUUUUGGUGUUGUUAUAUCAUGAUUAGAGAAAUUAAUUACAACAUGAAUUUGUGAUAUUUUGCAGGACUUUUCUGCUGUUACAACACACAAUAAAACCCAGACAUGACAGUUUCUUACACACUUGAAGUGGCCAAUGCGAGAUUUGGCGGCUUCUCCAAGCUCCUGUUCAGGUGGAAGGGAAGCAUUUACAGGCUGCUUUACAAAGAGCUUCUGGUAUUUUGUGCAGUUUAUCUGUUUUUCAGUUUGUUUUACAGGUUUAUGCUCACACCAAAGCAGCAGGAUCUGUUUGAGCGCAUUGCCCUUUACUGUGAUCAGUUCACCAACACCAACUUCAUCCCAGUUUUGUUUGUUCUGGGUUUCUAUGUGAGCCAGGCCUUUAAUCGAUGGUGGGGUCAGUACACCAGCUUCCCGCUGCCUGAUAACCUGAUGAUGGUGGUAUCAGGGAACGUCCACGGGGCAGACGAGAGGGGUCGUCUGCUGCGACGAACACUCAUGAGAUAUGCCAACUUAUCUUCAGUUCUUAUUCUCCGCUCCAUAAGCACAAGAGUUCACAAGCGUUUUCCAAGUUUGGAGCACAUUGUGGAGGCUGGAUUUAUGACAACACACGAGCUGAAGAAGUUUGAGUCGCUGCACUCUGAUUUCAACAAGUACUGGAUGCCUCUGACUUGGUUCUCAAACCUGGCAUCCAGAGCAAGAGAGGAGGGUCGAGUGAGGGAUGACAUCGCUUUGAGACUGCUGAUGGAUGAGCUGAAUAACUACAGAGCCAAGUGCAGCCUCCUGUUCCACUAUGACUGGAUAAGCAUCCCUUUAGUCUACACUCAGGUAGUCACUAUAGCAGUUUACUCUUUUUUUGCCUUCUGUGUGAUUGGCCGACAAUUUCUGAACCCUGAGAAAGGAUACAAGGAUCAUAAAAUUGACAUGUACGUCCCUGUUUUCACCCUGCUGCAGUUCUUCUUCUACACUGGCUGGCUCAAGGUGGGGGAGCUGAUCAUCAAUCCGUUUGGCGAGGACGAUGAUGACUUUGAAACCAACCAGCUGAUUGACCGAAACAUUCAGGUGUCAAUGCUGGCUGUAGAUGACAUGUACCAGAAUCUGGCUCCAAUUGUGAAGGACAAGCACUGGGCGCAGAGAAAUUUCACCGUCCCUUACACUCUGGCAACAGCAGCAGAGACUCACAAACCGGCCUUCAAAGGCUCCACCUUUGACAUGAGGAUGAGUGCUGAGGAUCUUGAGAUUACCCAGGCUGCUGACACUCCUGGAGAGAAACAGUGUUUACCUCUUAAGGGCUCUCUGGGCGAUGGUCUCGACAGUCUUCUGCAGAGGGGUAAAGGCAUCCUGCAUGGUGGGAGCCUCCCUUCUAUGAUGGAUGUCUUGUCACAUCCUAAUGAGGAAGAUGAUGCUGAGGGUGACAUCAAUGCCACCAACCACAAAGAACAAGAAAAGGCACUGAUUAAAGUUGCAGUGGAACACAACUAGAGAAAAAAAAAUUUUUAACCAAGAAUGCUUUAACAUAUUUUUGAUUUGACACAG